AUGCGGGUCCUCUCUGCCUUCCUCCUGGCUGUUGCAUCUCUCGCGCUCGCCGCCCCCGCUGAUCUUGAGAAGCGGGCUCAGCCGAAGGGUAUCGAUGUCUCUGGGUAUCAGGGCAAUGUAGACUGGGCGAAGGCGAAGAGUAACGGCGUCACCUUUGCGUAUAUCAAGGCCACCGAGGGCACAACGUACAAAAGCAGCUCCUUCUCCAGCCAAUACACCGGUGCGACCAAUGCCGGAAUCAUCCGCGGUGCAUACCACUUUGCGCGACCGGACACGUCUAGCGGUGCGGCGCAGGCGAAGUACUUCGCCAAGAACGGUGGUGGGUGGUCGGCCGACGGAAUUACGCUUCCUGGCGCACUCGACAUGGAGUACAACCCGUACGGCAGUACCUGCUACGGUCUGUCCCAGUCGGCGAUGGUCUCUUGGAUCAAGGAUUUCUCGGACACGUACCACUCGGAGACGAAAAGCUGGUGGACGACCUGCACUGGGAACAGCGCCGCAUUCGCAAAGAAUAGCCCUCUCUGGGUCGCCAGAUACGCAAGCUCAGUUGGCGCUCUUCCAGCGGGAUGGAGCUACCAUACCUUCUGGCAGUACGCGGAUUCUGGAAGCAACCCCGGCGACCAGGAUAUGUUCAACGGCGACGCUGCCGGCCUGAAGAGGCUGGCAUCUGGCUGA